CCGAAAUCUGACUAUCCACUUCCUCCUAACGUAGUAUGUCUUCGUGAAACGAACCAAAUAGAAGCUUUAUUAACCAUGAUUCGAGACAAAACAACGAAUCGCGGAGACUUUAUAUUCUAUUCGGAUAGAAUUAUUAGGUUACUUGUCGAAGAAGGUGUCGGUUUCAAGGGCAAAAUUUGUGGUGUUUCUAUUAUGCGUGCAGGUGAAGCUAUGGAACAAGGUUUACGCGAUUGUUGCAGGAGUGUAAGGAUCGGUAAGAUUUUGAUACAACGUGAUGAAGAGACGGCACAACCCAAGCUUUAUUAUGCCAAAUUGCCUCCAGAUAUAGAAAGCCGAUACGUUCUUUUGUUAGAUCCAAUGCUUGCUACUGGUGGAUCUGCUAUUAAAGCCAUAGAAGUAUUGUUAUCUCAUGGAGUAAAAGAAGAUAAAAUAUUAUUUUUGAACUUAAUUGCUGCUCCUGAGGGUAUUGAUGCUAUUACAAAAAAAUACUCCCAACUUAAACUUAUAACAGCUUGUAUCGAUAAAGGAUUAGAUGAGAAGAAAUAUAUUAUACCUGGUUUAGGUGAUUUUGGUGAUAGAUAUUUUACUCUUCCCUGA